GUCGCCGUAUUCUUAGACCGCAAGGGCAGGGAGGUGGGUGCGCCGCAUCACCUGACAAGGAGGCGUGGCUGGGCGACAGGCAGGCGGACGAGGAGGAGUGGGAAAGGCAGGAGGAGGCGAAGGGGGAGAGGGAGAGGGGAAGGAAAAGGGGAACGACAAGUCUCGAAGCCUGGGUGCCAACUGUGGAAAUCGGACGGAGGAGGCGGAGGAGGAGGAGGAGGAGGAGGACGGGGAGGAGGGGUAGGAAAAGAGGCAGACUCGAAAGGAGGAGGGGGAGGAGGGGGUGGGAAAAAAGGGAGACUCGGAAAGAGGAGGAGGAGGAGGAGGGAGGAGGAGGCAGUAGGAGGGAGGAGGAGGGAGGAGGAGGGAGGAGGAGGCAAAAAGCGGAACGACAAGUGUCGAAGCCUGGGUGCCAACUGUGGAAAUCCGAAGGACGGGGAGGAGAGAGGAGUUUUUGACUGCCUGCCACAUGUGAGGGAGGUGAGGAGUGCCAGGCUUGGUUUUAUCAAGCUUGCUCGUUUGGUGGAGAUAUCCACCAACUUGAGAUUGAGUCGCUGUCAGGGGAGGGGUUCAGGGUACGUUCUGCGAUGGGAGGAUGUUGAGGAGGAGUCAGAGGACACUAUUCCUCUGCCUCAUGACGAGGGUGUUCGGCAAGCUGACCGAGUCAUGGAGGCGCAGUGCGAGCGGCCGAUGCAGCGCGGGACGAAGGAUCGCCUUUCGAAGGCUCCGCCCAGCAUCGAGACGUAUUUCGGUCGUCGCGCCACGGUGCUCAUGACGACUGAGUUGGACGUCGUGUACCUUCCCGAGCCUGAUCCUAUGGCUCAGGACCCGAUUGAGGCAGAGCCGUGGUCUGAUUCAGACGACCUGGUAGUAGAGUUAAAGCCCGGAGAUUCUGAUGAUGAUGCUGCGCCGCGUCCCCCUCCCCCUCCACCUCCGCCUUCGAGUGCUCCUGCUUCCACUGCAGCCGCUGCGCAACAUCCCCCUCCACCUACAGAUUGUCCUGGACAUGGCGAGGAGGGGACUCGAGAGAUAGUUGACAAGGGAGACGACGACGAUGACGAUGACAGGGAGGGGUACGAAGGCAGCAGUGAGGACGAGGAUGAUCCCGGCUAUUCCCCGAAACGCGUACGUGGUGACGACGACGACGGCGGCGGCGAUGGUGCACAGACUGCAGGUGGUAUGCGGACGUCGGUUCGACAGCGUGCCGACCGAUGCAGUGGUGCAGGCAAGGGAGGCAAUGGUGCAGGCACGGGUGUGGGGGGAGGCAGUGGUGCAGGCAGGGGAGGAAGUGGUGCAGGCCAUGGUGGCGGAGGACGGGCGAGGCGAGAGUCUGCAUCGUUCACUCACACUGUGMACUGGGUUGAUGAGGGUGCGGCRACAGUAGAGGUCGGCGYCRGGUCGGCAGAGUUUGGUGCUGCGUCGGCAGAGGUCGCUGCAGAGGCCGCUCCCUCCGCUGCAGAGUUUGCAGGAGCGUCUGAGGAGGUCGCUGGCGAGGCUGCACAGGUUCGGAGGACUUCUGCGCAGUUGAGUGCCAGUUUCAGUGGUAUUUUAAAUGUUUCGUUAGAGCUUCCUCCGACACCGGCAGGCGAGCGUGGCAGUGGUGAUGUGGACGCAGCAGCUACGCCCGUCAGUCAGAUACUCCGGGAUAUACCUUCAUGCAACAUGGGUGACAUCAGUAGCAGCAUGUUGCAGGAGGCAGGAGAAGGGACACAGGGUUCGUCGGGGCAGCAGGAGCGUGCAGUAGGGAAUGAUGGGGAUUGCCGACCUGUGCAGGAGCGAGCGCCAAAGUCGGAGCAGGAUAGAAUCGACCGCGAGGAGAGGGAGAGGGCGCAGGACUUGGCUAGCCGUUGCGAGAUGACACAGAGUAUUGCGUCGAGGGCACGGACAGAGCGGAUGCUCGAGACGGGCGGUGGUGAGGGUCAUCGUGCGACGGACGAUGCAGUGCUUGAGUGUGGCGGUGCGGGCGGUAGGGAUGCAGGCGAGAGACCCACGUCACCGGUUUAGGGUGUUUGUAUAUUGCCUAUCGGUGGAGCGAUGACGGUGGGGGAGUUGGAGCGGCAGGCACGGGAGGA